CAAACUUCCUGUCGCGGGGACGGCGAACUCCGGGAAAGUACAUUCUAAAACCUUACAAAAGAAGAAAGAAGACGAAGAGCUCCCGUAUACUAGUACAUAGAUUCACCUUUUGUUUCAAUUGCGAUGAAGAUUGCUUAUCUUUGGGGACUUUCUCUUCUUUUGCUUGUGUCGUGCAAUGGCUAUAAGCCUGUUGUUAUUGUGCAUGGCGUGUGGGACCUGAAAGACAGCUUGUAUUUCAUGGCUGAGCUGAUAAAAGAAGCGCAUCCAGGCACUGAAGUUCAUGUACUUGAUUUGCUUCACGGCUGGAAAUCCCUAGCUCCAUUAUGGUAUCAAGUUAAAAGCUUUUACAAACGGAUGAAGCCGAUUAUGGAAAAGGCUGAAGAUGGCAUCAUUCUCAUAGGUUAUUCUCAGGGAGGCAUUAUCAGCCGAGGCAUUGUAGAAUCUAUGGACCACAAUAUCACGACUUUUAUUUCCCUUUCUUCACCUCAGGCCGGGCAGUAUGGAGAUGAAUUUCUGCGCCUAAUCUUCCCUCAGUACAUAAAGGAAACCGUCUAUGAGGUUUUCUACUCGAGAGUUGGCCAAAGGAUAUCUGUCGCUAAUUAUUGGAAUGAUCCACAUCAUCAAGAACUGUACUAUAAGUAUUCUAACUACUUACCGUAUUUGAACAAUGAGAUAGAGGACUACUUCAAUGAAGAUUAUCGUAACAAUUUCAUGAAACUGAAACAGCUUGUGUUGAUUGGAGGGCCUGAUGAUGGAGUCAUCACACCAUGGCAGUCAAGCCAUUUCUCAUAUUUAAACAAAAAUGAAAAUUUGACUGACAUGAGAGACCAGUCCUUCUACAUGUUCGAUUCAUUUGGUCUUCGGAGCUUAGACAAAGCAGGGAAAAUAAAAGUUUAUGAAGUACCUGGCGUUCACCACACGGUUUGGCAUCACAAUGUUUCUGUAAUUAAAAACUGCAUUCUACCCUGGCUUGAUUAAGUUUGGGGAGGUAUUUGUCAUACUUAUAUAUUUUUCUACUUAAAAGCACAUGCAUUGAACUUUUUUGAUUAUAGCAUCAAUAUGUUUUGUUACAUUUUGGAAUGAACACAAACACAACAGGCAUAUUAAAGAACUGCAUUUAAUCAUUAGGUUUGAUUUACUUUACAUAGAUUCAAAGUAUUUCUUUUUAUGUUCUGUUAAUACAUAAAUGUUGUCUUCCUGUGAAUCUCAUAAGUAUAGCAUUCAUAUAAGGAUUUAAAGAAAUAAAGUAACAGCUUAUCUUAUAUAAGCAUAUUGAAUUGAGUCUAUAUAGAAAGUUGCAAGAGUGACAAUAGCCAAAUUCUGUGUGUAUCCUCUGAGUACUAACUAUAAGUAUUAUAAUACUUGAAUGAUAAUUUUUAAAGAUUUUUAGUUCUGUAUUACAGCUUGUUCAUGAUUGUAAUAUCAGUAACAGUUCAUAAAAUUAUAUGAUAAAAAGUAAUUUCACAAAAUUUUUGCAUUCACAAAAGGUAACAAAGAUGAAGAAAGAGGAAGAGAUAAAAUAUAUCAUGAAAAAGAUGUAACAUUGAAAUAUUUGAUGGACUGAAAGACAUGUAACCUAAGAAUCCUCCAAUGGGUUAUUUAUUAUUGAAAUCUUGGUCUGGAAAGAAUGAAAGGCAUAAGGUAUACCAGUAUAUUGUAUUUUAUCUUGACUUGAAUAUUUUGUUGACAGUUUCUCUUAUAUUUAUAUAAAUGACUACCUGCUUUUAAAAUUUAGCACUAUUCUUUAACACUGAAAUUAUUGUCCUUUUCAAUUUAAUUUCCGAAAUUCAUAGGAGGCGGAGUUACUCUCUAUAAAUGUGUGUUAGUGUCACCAGAUAUGUAAUUAAUGUCUAAUAUUUUCAUUUACUUCAAGGUCAGUUUUUAAUCGCCAAAUGUAGCAUUGGUAAAAAAGAAGUACAAAUGACAACAAUAACUGCUAACACAGUAUUUAAUUUUAUGUAAUUCUGUAUGCUUGAAGUAUAUCUGCAACUUGUAAUAGGAUGCUGAAGUAUAUAUAAACCUUCAAGUUAAUAUACAAUAAAAUUUCUAUUUUUAUACACACUUCAUAUGAAGGUAGUUUUGAAGUGUUUCGAGGUCUGUAAAAUGAAGCAUUAUAAAGAUUUUGAUUAAGGAUAAAAGACGAUACCUUCUCUAGGUCUUCUAGGGGUUUAAGGAAGGAAUAUAGUUGAGCUUUAUCAUUCGGGCUACACAGUAAAGCCUUGCACUUGGUAAGACUCACUCACUCACUCAUCUCUCUUCUCUCUCUCUCU